AUGUGGAGAGUGCUGAAGGACAAGAAACCCAAAGGCAAGGGAGGUAAAAAAGCAGCAGGCGGUAAGCGAGGUAAAGCCAGUGAGGAUGGUGAGGAUGAAGAUGAGGAUGAUAAACCCCCCAAAAGUCGCCGGGCAGCCAAUAAAAAGAAACCAGCACCAGUAGAUGAGGAAGACAGUGAUGAUGAUAUUCCACAAAGGAGAUCUGCUGGGAACAGGAGAAGAGGAAAUGUGCGAGAGAGAGGAGAUGGAGACAAAAAGAAGUCUGGCAAAAAAGGCAGGAGAGGUGGAAAAAAGAAUGAAAAGGGGAAAGGAAAAGACAGUGACAAAGACAGUGACAAAGAUGAAAAGAAGAAAAAGAACAGUAGUGGUGAUGAAUCCAAUUCAGAUGAAGAGGAGGAGUCCAUGUCUGAAGGAGAAAUGGCCAAACUAAUGGAGGAGGUGGAGGAAAAGAAGAAAUUAAUAGCAAACAUCAGGAACAAGCCCUGGCGAAUGAGAAGACGACUUAAAGUCCUCAAAGAGGCUCAGCAGUUUGUGGAUAAAUUUGAAGGUGCUUUGGGCAAAGGGAAAGGCAGAAAGCUUUAUGCCUACAAAGUUAUGAUGAUGAAGAAAUGGAUAAAGUUUCAAAGGGAUUUUGAAAAUUUUAGAACGGCUUGCAUCCCAUGGGAGCGGAAAAUAAAGGAAGUUGAGAGUCACUUUGGCUCCUCUGUUGCUUCAUACUUUAUUUUCCUCCGUUGGAUGUAUGGCAUGAACUUGGUCCUCUUCAGCUUAACUUUUGGCCUGGUUGUUAUACCAGAGGUUCUCAUGGGACUUCCAUAUGGGUCCAUUCCUCGGAAAACUGUGCCGAGAGAAGACCAAGAUACUGCAAUGGACUAUUCUGUUCUUACGGAUUUCAAUGGUUACUGCAAGUACUCAGUACUUUUCUAUGGCUACUAUAAUAACCAGAGAACCAUUGGCUUCCUGAAGUUUCGUCUCCCUCUGUCCUACCUCAUGGUGGGCAUUGGGACCUUCGGGUAUAGCCUCAUAGUUGUGAUCAGAACGAUGGCUAAAAACGCAGAUGUGGGGGGAGGGGACGGAGAAGACAAUGAGUUCACCUUUGCCUGGAAGAUGUUCACCAGCUGGGAUUAUCUUAUUGGGAACGCUGAGACAGCUGACAAUAAAUACGCCUCCAUCACCACCAGCUUCAAAGAAUCCAUUGUGGAUGAGCAGGAGAACCAAAAAGAUGAAAACAUUCAUCUGAGAAGAUUCUUACGUGUCCUAGCCAACUUUCUCAUCACCUGUACAUUGGGUGGAAGUGGCUAUCUCAUCUACUUUGUAGUCAAACGCUCUCAAGAGUUUCAAAACAUGGACAACCUCUCAUGGUAUGAGAAGAAUGAGCUUGAGAUCAUCAUGUCUCUGUUGGGACUGGUGGGUCCAAUGCUCUUUGAGACCAUCGCAGAGUUGGAGGAGUACCAUCCACGUAUCGCUCUCAAGUGGCAGCUUGGGCGUAUAUUUGCUCUCUUUCUUGGCAACCUCUACACAUUUUUGCUGGCUCUAUUUGAUGAGGUCAAUGCAAAACUUGAAGAAGAGCAGUCUAUAAAAAAUGCCAGCAUUUGGUUCUUGAAGGAGUACUAUGCGAACUACACAGCCAACAACCCAAAUGACACAGGCACUCCACCUCCUAUCGAUCCAGGGGAUGCCAUCAGAGGCCCAUGUUGGGAAACCACAGUGGGAGUAGAGUUUGUGAAGCUGACUAUAUCAGAUAUACAGGUGACAUAUCUGACCAUCCUCAUCGGUGACUUCUUGAGAGCGCUGAUUGUACGUUUCCUGAACUACUGCUGGUGCUGGGAUCUGGAAGCUGGAUGGCCUUCCUAUGGUGAAUUUGACAUAAGUGGCAAUGUGCUUGGUUUGGUUUUUAACCAAGGAAUGAUCUGGAUGGGGGCAUUCUAUGCUCCUGGUCUUGUGGGCAUCAAUGUUCUGCGGCUCCUGUCAUCUAUGUACUAUCAAUGCUGGGCUGUAAUGGCCUGUAAUGUCCCACAUGAGAGGGUCUUUAAAGCUUCUAAAUCCAAUAACUUCUACAUGGGCCUGUUAUUGCUCAUACUCUUUCUGAGUCUCCUACCUGUGGUUUACACCAUUAUGUCUUUGCCUCCAUCAUUUGAUUGUGGACCCUUCAGUGGAAAGGAAAGAAUGUUCGACGUUGUUAUGGAGACCAUUGAUCUGGAUCUACCUGCGUUUAUGGGGACUCUCUUCGGAUAUAUCGCAAACCCCGGACUCAUAAUAGCUGCAGUACUUCUCAUGGUACUGGCCAUUUACUAUCUGAAUUCUGUGUCAGAGGCCUACAAGAACUCCAACAACGAGCUAAAAAAGAAAAUGCAGAUGGCAAGAGAUGAGGAGAAGAACAGACGGAACAAUAAAGACAGCACUAACCAAGUGAUGAAAGACCUAGAGGAUCUGCUUCCUAAUCGCCCUCCAACGCCUCCUUCCCCUCGAGAGAAUAUCACAGAAAAAAACCAGGGCCAGGGUGGAAAAUCUCCAAAAGUUAAACCAGGCACAGCUGGCGGUGUGCAUCUGCAGAAAGAUGUGUCACUCGCAUCAGCCAAUCCUAAUGCACGGGGGCCUGUGACACGAGCGCCAGGCCCCAGGGGUCCUGGACCUCUACCUGGCCAACCAGGGGCAGGUAGGGGUCAAGGUCCACCCCCUAGACGGCAGUAAUGUGUGAUGUUAUUUGUUUUGUCUUGUUUGUCUGUACACUAUUUUUUUUUUCUAGAGAAAGUAAU